CGAAGUUUCAGACGUGUCUUUUGCAAUCGUCCCUGCCCCCUUCGUCGAGCCCUUUGAAUAUCAGGUCGUGAUGACAAGGAAUCAUGGCCGCCUUCUCACCUAGCAUCGAUACACAGCAGGUGCUGCUAAUGCUGUUAUUCCAGAUUCUACUUCUAUUCCUCAACCUGUCAGGAACCACAGCAUCUGAAAUUGAGAAUUCCAGUAAUGCCACUCUAGCCUGGAAACAUUCUGUAAACUGUACAGAAACAUUUCAGCCAUGCGACAAUGCUUCAAGUGAUCUUCUCUGGCUGUCAGUGAACCCCACAUGUACACCUUGUACGUAUGACUAUGGCAAUGCCACAGAAGCAGAUCACAUCCUAUCCAUGUGGAUGGUAGCAUGUAAAGGCCCAGGCCAGUGUUGUCUUAGUGCUACAACUUUGACAGGAGCAAACAUCUACCACAACUGGAGUAUGCUCAUUGCUACCACAAAUGCAACUCUAGACUUGAGAUUGGAGGUCUCCAGUACCUGCCAAGACACGAACGAAUAUGUACCCUGCAUUCGGUGGAAUGAAGCGCAUCAACCUACCCGUCCACCGGCAAUGAAGACAACUUCCACUGACACCAAUGCAGCAGGGCUCAUGGCGGAUGAAGCCCAACCAUUGCCGGUUGGUAGCGUUGCAAACGCCACAACAGCCAGCGUUGCAAACCCCACAAGCGUCAGCAUUACGAACUCCACAAACGUCAGCGUUCCAAACUCCACAAACGUCAGCGUUGCAACCUCCACAAACGUCAGUGUUGCGAACUCCACAAGCGUCAGAAUUACGAGCUCCACAAACGUCACCGUUGCAAACUCCACAAACGCCAGCGUUGCAACCUCCACAAACAUCAGCGUUGCGAACUCCACAAACGUCAGCAUUGCGAACUCGACAAACGUCAGCAUUUCAAACUGCACAAUUGUCAGCAUUGCAAACUGCACCAACGUCAACAUUGUAAACUACAGAAACGUCAGUGUUGCAUACACCACAGACGUCAGGGCUGUGAACUCCACAAACGCCCGUGGUUGUAUUCUCUCACCACCUUCCAAUGCACCGACAAUGAGCACGACAAAGACGUACACUACUACAACAGGGCUGAUGAUGGAUGGAGGAGAUCCAGUGUCGCCUGAUAACGCUACAAACCACCCAACCGUCACUGGUGGAGACCGAUCAGAUAGAGGGAUCCAACCGAUCUUGGUUGCCGCACGCUUAUGUCUAGCAGGCGUUCUGCGCUUCUCUUUCAACGCCAGCAGUCAAAUCUUGCAACCAUCUAUUCCCAACUUGGUCUGCAGUCUAGACAGGAGGGAAAGUGACUCGAACUGCCCCACAGACAACAUGGAAAAUAACACCAUCAACAACACUGGCGCCACAAAUAUGACUUCUUCCAAUUACUUUCCUGCUUACAGUCUUACGCAAACAUCUACACUGAGGGGUGCAACAGUGCAAGACCAGAACACCAGCGGCACCACCGGUAUAGAUCUCACCUUCAUCCUACCAAUAAGUGCCAUACUGGUUAGUGCAGGUGUUCUAAUGGCAUGUUUGAUCCACCUGCUUUACAAGCGGGGCCGCGGCCAAUCUCUCGCACAGCCCCAGGCUGAAAACCCGGAAGACACCAUACUCUACGCAAACAACCCAGCGCUAACCGUUAGCACUGCAAGGACAAGCACCCCACGGCAUCAGGGCACAUCGAACCCCAAAGCGCAGCAGGAAAACACCAGCCCUCCGGUGCCGCUAAGCGGCACGCACACCAAUGAAUACUCGUCCGUCGAUGCGUACGAAACACCCAUGGACAUGGUCAACGACUAUGAUUACGCCACAGCCGCAAAUCAACGUACUACUUCAGUGCAAUCGCCGCAUGCUGGAGGAGCAAGUGCAGGUCAACUUGACAUGGGAAUAGUGCACACGAUAGCAACAGGUACGGAAACAACCACGACCGAUCCACCUGGGCAGCCUACCCCAGUAUGGAGUUGUGAGAAUGGCGCCACUGACCACCAUACACCCGACUGUGCCUCCACGCCUGCCUUCCCUGUCGCAAGCCUGACCACCAGCCCAGCCUCUGUCGUCUCUGGCACAUAUCUAGUUCCCGGAGCGAUGCUGUGCACAACCGGACAGGAUAUACUCCUUGAGCCAGAGGAAGGAGCUGCUCUGCAGGCACAUCACCAACUUGAGGAUCCAUUUGAAUACGGGUGUUUUGAACUCAAGACAGCACCAACUGCCACUGAAGAAUACGACCCGAUGCAAAGCUCAUGCUCCAAUGGCGAGGACGAUGCCGAGCGUAUACGAGUGCAAGAGAACCGGCUAAAACGAGUAUAUCCGUCCAUGAAGGCAUCGUUGCCUCGCAGGCAGUACAGAGGCCCCGGACAGACUAGCAGUAUGAGAGUGGAACAGUGCAAGCCCUACUCGGAUGACCGCAUAACCGUGAACACACAGUCAGUGGAUGGUUGCCAUGACGCAAGGCUUUCCGCUUCACAUCAACCCGCUUCAGAAGAAGGCAUGACGGGAAAUACGCCCAAUGUAGCUGCUGGCGAUAUUGAUGUCAUGGGUUUUUGUGCGCCGCGAUGUUUCACAAACACGCCACCACAUUUGGAGGACAUUAUCCGACCCGCACCCUCGUACCCAGCAAGUCGACGACGCAACGAAUAUCAGGAUGCACCUUUUUGACUGGAAUAUCCUUUGUCGACAUUCUAAUCAGGCUGCAUUUUCCCACUGCAUUUACUCUGCUAUCCUUAUACGGAUAAUUCCGUCACCAUAUGCAUAUACUGGUAAUGUUCAAUCUCUAUCACCCUCCCCCCCCCCCUUUCUUCCCUGUCUCCAUGGCUAUACUCAACCCAGUUUCAUCUGGCACCGAAGCGGCAUACAAUCACACUUGCCAUAACCUGCAUGCAGCCGUGGGUGUUCGUUUCUCACAAUCCCACUGUUGCAAUGCCCCUGUGCUGCCCUGAUUGACGACCAUUUUUAACAUGCAUCCCUAUGACAACAAACACCAUGGAGAAAUUCAGCAUUAGCACAUACCAUUGUCUCUGCAUAAUACUGUUUGCACAACAUGCAGACGGCCAAGCGAGAUAUGCAACUCACGUCACAUAGCACGUUUUCCACUCAACUUUGGUUUCUGUACAGCACUUGACCUAUAAAAUGGGUAUUUUCCCUCUGAGCUAGCUUCCAUAUUUAUACGGAAUUGACUUCAUGGCAUAUCCUCUAAUUCCGAGGUGACAGCA